AUGGUUAAUAUUAGCAAAACAAAUCUCAUCACCUUUGCAUUUACCCUUUGUUGUAUUGCUCUUUAUGCAGCUGCCUUUUCAACAUAUUGGGUAAAGAUGAAAAUCCAUUUAGUUGGAGUAUCUACACCAACUCAACCAGAAGGUACUACUAUCCUUUAUGAGAAAUGGGAUAAAAAUAAGCUUACCGUGUAUCCAGCUGCUGGAGGUGAAAUCAAGAUGACAGUCGAUGUUGAACAAACCGAUGCCAACAAGAAUGCACAAAACAUUUUCAAGACCUCUUUUGCAUUUGCCAUCAUUGCCUUUGCCUUUUCAGUCUUUUCCGCUCUUAUGAUUAGCACCUACAUGUUCUUUAAGAGAAUGCCAUUCCAUAGCAUCAUUGUCAAAGUCUUGCUCGUCAUGAUGGCUGUCUGUGGUCUCAUCUCUGCCUUGACAUUCCUCGGUCUUCCCAAAGCCAUGCACAAGGAUUGCACCAACAAUGGAUUGGCCAACUGUGAACAACUCAACUACUACCACAAGGUUAUCGGCUCGCAAGUCAUCGAAUACAAUCCAACUGGAACCGUCUACAUUGAAUACAAAUGGGGUCCAACCUAUGGAUGGGCUCUUGUUCUAUGUGGUGCAGGUCUCUCUGUCAUUGCUAUGAGUUUCAACUUUGCUCGUGGUAAAUUUGAUGAAGAAACUGCUCAUUAA